AUGGCCAAUCUCUCUUCAUCUGUACUCCAUGACUCUUCGAGCUUGAGAGUCUCUUUUCUUUCUGCAUCUUUAGUUACCGGAGUUCAGAACAACACGCCAGGCCUUCUCAUCUUGAGCCUUGAUGAAAGCCUUCAUCUGGGCCUUCCAAGGCCAUUACUCGUGACUGCAGCCUACUCUUUCGCAUUCGCAAUUUCAAGCCCGGUCGGAGUAGGCAUUGGCAUCGCCAUUGACGCCACAACUCAAGGAGCUGUCGCCGAUUGGAUAUAUGCCAUCUCAAUGGGACUCGCUUGUGGGGUCUUUAUCUAUGUUAACCAUCGUAUUGCCAAAGGUUUUAAGCCCCAAUCCAAAUGCCAUUUCGACACACCCUUCUUCAAGUUUCUUGCCGUUCUUCUUGGGGUUGGAGUUAUUGCCGUUGUUUUGAUAUGGGAUUGA